AUGGAGGACGCUCACACGAAAUCCGUGGAUGAAGUCCUAGGGUACUUCGGUACCGAUCCAGACAAAGGCCUUAGUCCAGAUCAAGUCAAGCGGAAUCAGGAUAAAUAUGGGCCAAAUGAACUGCCUGCGGAGGAGGGCAAAAGUAUAUGGCAGUUAGUCCUGGAACAAUUCGAUGACCUUUUAGUAAAGAUUUUGCUGUUAGCCGCUAUUAUUUCAUUCGUUUUAGCUUUAUUUGAAGAACACGAAGACGCAUUCUCCGCCUUCGUAGAGCCUUUUGUUAUUUUACUUAUUCUAAUCGCUAACGCUGUAGUAGGAGUAUGGCAGGAGAGAAAUGCCGAAUCCGCCAUCGAAGCUUUAAAAGAAUACGAACCCGAAAUGGGUAAAGUAGUCAGAGGAGACAAAUCCGGUGUACAGAAAAUCCGAGCCAAAGAAAUCGUACCCGGUGAUGUCGUUGAGGUGUCAGUCGGUGACAAAAUCCCCGCUGACAUCCGUCUUAUUAAGAUUUACUCGACCACUAUCCGUAUUGAUCAGUCCAUUUUGACCGGAGAAUCUGUCUCCGUCAUCAAGCACACAGAUGCCAUUCCCGACCCCCGCGCCGUCAACCAGGACAAAAAGAACAUUCUCUUCUCCGGUACCAAUGUCGCCGCUGGCAAAGCCCGUGGUGUGGUCAUCGGCACUGGUCUCAACACUGCCAUUGGUAAGAUCCGUACAGAAAUGUCCGAAACUGAGGAGAUUAAGACACCCUUGCAGCAAAAACUGGACGAAUUCGGUGAGCAGUUGUCUAAAGUCAUCUCAGUUAUUUGCGUUGCUGUAUGGGCCAUCAACAUUGGUCACUUCAACGACCCCGCUCAUGGCGGAAGCUGGAUCAAAGGUGCCGUCUACUACUUCAAGAUUGCCGUCGCUUUGGCUGUCGCCGCUAUCCCUGAAGGUCUGCCCGCUGUCAUCACCACUUGUCUCGCUCUUGGUACCAGACGUAUGGCUAAGAAGAACGCUAUCGUGAGGUCACUGCCCUCUGUGGAGACCCUUGGUUGCACAUCUGUCAUUUGCUCAGACAAGACCGGUACUCUAACCACUAACCAGAUGUCCGUUUCCCGUAUGUUCAUCUUUGAGAAGAUCGAAGGUAGCGACAGCAGCUUCCUUGAAUUUGAAAUCACUGGUUCCACCUACGAGCCUAUUGGCGAUGUUUACCUUAAGGGUCAGAAGAUCAAGGCUGCUGAGUUUGACACUCUUCACGAAUUGGGCACCAUUUGCGUUAUGUGCAAUGACUCCGCUAUUGACUUCAACGAAUUCAAACAGGCAUUCGAAAAGGUUGGUGAAGCCACUGAAACCGCCCUUAUUGUACUCGCUGAGAAAAUGAACCCCUUCAAUGUCCCCAAGACUGGACUGGACCGCCGCUCUUGCGCUAUUGUUGUACGCCAAGAAAUCGAAACUAAAUGGAAGAAAGAGUUCACUCUUGAAUUCUCUCGUGACAGGAAAUCUAUGUCCACUUACUGCACACCUCUUAAGCCUUCUCGUCUCGGCAAUGGACCCAAACUGUUUGUUAAGGGUGCACCUGAAGGUGUGCUCGACCGUUGCACGCACGCACGUGUUGGAACUGCUAAGGUUCCUCUGAACUCUACCCUCAAGAACCGCAUUCUGGACCUCACCCGCCAGUACGGUACUGGUCGCGACACACUCCGUUGCUUGGCCCUUGCUACUGCUGACAGCCCACUGAAGCCUGACGAAAUGGAUCUCGGAGACUCUACCAAAUUCUACACAUAUGAAGUCAACCUUACAUUCGUUGGUGUAGUCGGCAUGUUGGACCCUCCACGUAAAGAAGUAUUCGACUCAAUUGUCCGCUGCCGUGCUGCUGGUAUCAGAGUCAUCGUCAUCACUGGUGACAACAAAGCCACCGCGGAAGCUAUUUGCAGACGUAUUGGAGUAUUCGGUGAAGAUGAAGACACUACUGGCAAAUCUUUCUCUGGUCGUGAAUUCGAUGACUUGCCCGUAUCUGAGCAGCGCGCCGCCUGCGCAAAGGCUCGCUUGUUCUCCCGUGUGGAGCCCGCCCACAAGUCCAAGAUCGUAGAGUUCUUGCAGAGCAUGAACGAAAUCUCCGCUAUGACUGGUGAUGGUGUGAACGACGCCCCCGCUCUCAAGAAGGCUGAAAUCGGUAUCGCUAUGGGAUCUGGUACCGCCGUCGCUAAGUCUGCCGCUGAGAUGGUGUUGGCCGACGACAACUUCUCUUCCAUCGUCGCCGCUGUUGAAGAAGGUCGUGCCAUCUACAACAACAUGAAGCAGUUCAUCCGUUACUUGAUCUCUUCCAACAUUGGUGAAGUAGUGUCCAUCUUCUUGACUGCUGCUCUGGGUCUCCCUGAAGCUCUGAUCCCUGUCCAACUGUUGUGGGUCAACCUUGUCACUGAUGGUCUGCCCGCCACUGCCCUUGGUUUCAACCCACCUGAUCUUGACAUCAUGGACAAACCACCCCGUAAGGCUGAUGAGGGUCUGAUCUCUGGAUGGCUGUUCUUCAGGUACAUGGCUAUUGGUGGUUACGUCGGUGCCGCUACCGUCGGCGCUGCCUCGUGGUGGUUCAUGUACUCUCCCUAUGGCCCACAAAUGACCUACUGGCAGCUUACCCACCACUUACAGUGCCUCAGUGGAGGUGAUGAGUUCAAGGGCAUCGACUGCAAAAUCUUCACUGACCCUCACCCUAUGACCAUGGCCUUGUCUGUACUAGUAACAAUUGAAAUGUUGAACGCCAUGAACAGUUUGUCUGAGAACCAGUCGCUCGUGACUAUGCCGCCCUGGUCCAACAUGUGGCUGGUGGGCUCCAUGGCUCUCUCCUUCACCCUUCAUUUCGUCAUCCUGUACGUCGAGGUGCUGUCGGCCGUGUUCCAAGUGACGCCGCUGUCCGUCGACGAGUGGGUGACGGUGAUGAAGUUCUCAGUGCCUGUGGUGCUGCUGGACGAGGUUCUGAAGUUCGUGGCGCGCAAGAUCUCCGACGGUGAGAAGCGUUCGCAGCUGAUGCACUGGCUGGACGGCAUGCAAUGGAUUGUGGUCAUGUGGGCCGUGUUCUUUGGCAUCAUCAUCUACGGCCCCCUAUAA